GCGAGCACGGCGCGGUAUGGAGCGGCGGCUGGGGGCUGUCUCCUGGGCGGGCAGGUAGCGAGGGCCCGCUCCGAGCCCGGGCGCCAUCGGGGGCUCCGGGACCCGCCCGCUUCUGCAGCCGCCGGGGACAGGUGCAUGUGACAGCAUUGCAGUGAUGAGCGGGAUUUUAAAGAGGAAGUUUGAAGAAGUUGAUGGCACCUCACCGUGUUCCUGUGUGUGGGAAUCGGAUGAUGACAUUUCUAGCAGUGAAAGUGCUGACAGCGGAAGUAAUGUCCAUCCAUCCACUUCUAAUCAUUUUACUCGUGCAUGUGACAGCAUUGCAGUGAUGAGCGGGAUUUUAAAGAGGAAGUUUGAAGAAGUUGAUGGCUCCUCACCUUGUUCCUCUGUUCGGGAAUCGGAUGAUGACAUUUCUAGCAGUGAAAGUGCUGACAGUGGGGAUAGUGUCAAUCCAUCCACUUCUAAUCAUUUUACCCCUUCUUCAAUCCUGAAGAGGGAGAAGCGGAAGAGAACAAAAAAUGUGCAUUUUAACUGUGUUACGGUGUAUUACUUCACGAGAAGACAAGGGUUCACCAGCGUUCCCAGCCAAGGGGGCAGCACGCUGGGAAUGUCGACUCGCCACAACAGCGUGCGCCAGUACACGCUCGGGGAGUUUGCGAUGGAACAGGAGAGGCUUCACCGAGAGAUGUUAAGAGAGCAUCUACGGGAGGAAAAACUCAAUUCUCUAAAACUAAAGAUGACAAAGAAUGGUACAGUGGAAUCUGAAGAAGCUAAUACCCUGACACUGGAUGAUAUUUCUGAUGAUGAUAUUGAUCUAGACAACACUGAAGUAGAUGAGUACUUCUUUCUACAACCCCUGCCGACAAAAAAGCGAAGGGCGUUGCUGCGAGCUUCUGGCGUGAAGAAGAUUGAUGUGGAAGAAAAACAUGAGCUGCGGGCCAUCCGCCUGUCCAGGGAGGAUUGUGGCUGCGACUGCCGCGUGUUCUGUGAUCCAGAAACGUGCACUUGCAGUCUUGCAGGCAUAAAAUGUCAGGUGGAUCGUAUGUCUUUUCCAUGCGGUUGCACUAAAGAAGGGUGUAGCAAUACAGCAGGUAGAAUUGAAUUUAAUCCUAUCCGUGUACGGACUCACUUUUUGCACACAAUAAUGAAACUUGAAUUGGAGAAAAACAGAGAGCAGCAAGUUCCAGCUCUAAAUGGCUGCCACAGUGAGAUAAGUGCACACACUAGUUCUAUGAGCCCAGGACCCCAUCCAGCUGAAUAUUCAAUUGCAGAAAAUUUUGAGAUUGAGACUGAACCUCCGGCUGCAGUUAUCCAUUCUCAGGCAGCCGAGGACUUGGGCUGCCCAGGGGAAGAGGAGGAAGAGGAAGACGGGAGUAGCUUUUGUAGUGGAGUUACAGAUUCUAGCACGCAGAGUUUAGCCCCUAGUGAAUCAGAUGAUGAUGAAGAGGAAGAGGAAGAUGAGGAGGAAGAUGAUGAGGAAGAAAAAGCAGAUGAUUUUGUAGAAAGCAUGGGCUCCCAUGCUGAUAUGGUGCCUCUUCCUUCUGUCCUUUGCUACUCUGAUGGAACUGCUGUGCAUGAAAACCACUCUAAAACCGCCUCAUACUAUACUAACUCUUCAAAUCUGUAUUACCAAAUAGAGAACCAUGUUGCUGGCACUGCUAACCAGAUUGGUGAGUCUUACUCAGAAAGGGAUGCUGUCAAGAACGGUAGUCUUUCUCUGGUGCCUUACAACGUGACUUCAGAACAGUUUGUUGACUACACGCGGCAAUCAGAGGAAACUUUUAGCAGCCCUCAUUACCCUUCUGCAAAUCCCUCAGUGAUUGUUUGCUGCUCAUCUUCUGAAGGUGAUAGCAGUGCUCCAUGUAACAGUUUAUACACUGAGCAUAGGCCAAGUCACCCUCAAGUGGAAUUUCACUCAUACUUGAAAGGUCCUUCUCAAGAUGGCUUUGUUUCAGCUCUGAAUGGCGACAGUUGUGUACAAGAGCACCCUGCUGAGAAUUCACUAAACCUCCCAGAAAAGAGCAGACUGCACGAAGAGUGCAUCAAAUCACCAGUGGUAGAAACGGUACCUGUUUAAUAUUAAAAUUAUUCUAGGACUGACUGCCUGUAUUAAAAUGCACUCACACUGGAUUUCCUAGAAUCUUACUUUUUUAAGAAGUAGACAACACUUGGACUAUAGUCAAUGUUCCAGACCCAUUUUGUUUUCUCAAGCUACACUGGCAGCGGUAUUGCACAAAACCAGUUCAUGUAAAGAUUUAAAUAAAAGUAAUCAAACUGUCUUUUGAUAAAAAUAAAACACGUAAGUAAAAAACACACUCAACAUAUUUCAAAGUAGCCUACCUGUCAAAGUAUGUGAAACCUGCCAAGCUAUCUGAAUCAAAGCUUCGUGUUUUUGAUUGUCGGGCCUGUGCAAGAUUGUUAAAAAUGAUACUUUGAAAUAAUCACGUUUAGAGUCCUAAUUUUCAACAUAUCUGAAAAAAUGGUAAGUUUAAUGUAAAAGUAACUACUGUACAAAAAAGUUUUAAUUGUUCUGUACUGUAUGUAUUUUAUUUAUGGUAGUUUAGUACUCAUGUUUUGAUAAAAAUGAACAGCAUGUUCAUUUGAGCAGAAGAUCUGUAUCUAGUUACAAAGAGCAUGUCCACUUUUCAUCUGGAUUCAUUUUUUUUAUAUACUAUUUCUGUUAAAUUAUCUUUAAAUGCAUUUUUAGAGUGUACUAUUUUCUCUUUUACUGUUCUUGACAAACAGCAGAGUCAGAAAGGGGGCAUUUACGUCUUCUAGAAAGGUGAAAGGUAGACAAUCCUCCAUUAAAAUUAAAAUCAGUGGCAUUCCAGAACUAGUACCCUCUCCCCAAAGAAAAAUUAUCUUGUAUAUAAUGGCAAAGCAGUAGCUUAAGCUUGCACAGCACCUUUUUAGCCCAACAUUCAGCUAUUUAUGCACUUUAGUGCCAUUUUUGCAGUACUGUAUUAACUGCGGGAACUGUGAAUUAUUUUGGAGAAAUGCCAUAGCUCCAGACUCUGAGGUGUAUGUAAGAUCUUAAAAUUAAUUGUAACAAAACCUGUAUGUUUUUCCCAAGCCAGUUUAUGAGUAUGUCAGUAGGUAAUUUGUAAAAGCAGAGUCUUGCUGAUCAAAGUUUAAAUGAAGCAUGGGAAAAAAUGUGAAAGUGUCUAGAUUUCCUAAAUAUUUAGCAGUUUUUAUGAAAUAUGAGACUGGCUUUUGUGGACUUCUGAUUGUAUCUCAAAUGUACAGAGUCAUUUGAUCUAAUUAGGAACCAGUGGAUUCAGUGAGGAAAGAGCUUCAGAAAUUUUAUAUCUGCUAAAGUUUGCAAGCAAAAUAGCACGUGCAUCACAUGGAUAUCUGUUACUUUGUACACCAUUUGUUUUUAAAUGAAAUGAGAAUUAAAAUACCUGCUGUAUCUCGCUGUAUCUCAACCUUCCAUUUAAUAACCAACCUUGCUUUCUUCUAGAAAAGGAGGUAUUUUAAUACCUGCUUUUCUGUACACUGAUAAUCCUGCACUGCCUUAUUUUGAUUUCAAAGUCUAUUUUAAGAUUUUUGUUCUUCGAAUACAGAAAUUUAAUUUAUUAUACAUCAAGUGGGUUGAAAUGUAGCCCUCAUUUGUUUGUCAAAAUAAGGAUUCAGCAUCUUAGUUUUUAUCUGUGUCAAAUCUAGAUGGUUAACAGUAUGCAUGUAAACACAGUGUAAAUUUUAGCUCUGUAACUGUGACUUCUGGUUAGAAGCUCUUUAAAACAUCAUGUACAGUACUCCAGUAGAAAAACUGCCAGGUUUAAAAUAUGCUUUUUAAAAAAAUAAGCUGACUUCAUUGUUUUUAUAUGAAAACUGGGCAAAGUGAUUUCUCAUUUUUAUGCUAAAUUAGCAAAAUAUUUUUACUCCAUGUAGUAGCUGGAAAGGUUUUUUAUUUACUUGUUUCCACAAGAAGUCCUACAUGUUUUAUAUGAACUGCAUCAAAAAGCCCUAAUUCUCUAGGGAUUGGAUUCCACGCUUCCCCCAUAUUCCAUCUCCUGGGAAGGCGCAGUCAUGGCUAUCUGGCUCAGCAGUUCUUUAGCCUCUCUUCUCUUAGUCACAGAACGUUCUAGUCUUUCUCUAAAGGCCGAGUAGCCAGGUAAGCACAGGUAUUCUCCAAUUCCACUUAGCAAAUACCCAACUUUAUUUUUAAAGGGAACCAUGUUAGUUCAUAAAAAGUUCUGUAUCUAAGAAUAAUAUUAUUCUGAUCAGGCUAUUCUAUGGGCAAAUGUAACACCUCUGUGUAUAUACGCAUCUUGCAUUAACAACAGGCUGAAAUCUGGCACUCUCACUCAACACCAGCACCAAAAGCACAAAUCCCUUCUACUUGAGCUGGGACGGUAGCUGUGAAUCAGUAGCAGCUUUUUAACCUCAGAGUGUGUUGGAUCAUGCACAUUUUACCAGGGUAUUUCUCUCAGGGGAAAAUUAAAUGAAAUUUUUUUUUUCAUUAUUCACCCCUGUACUGAGCAAUAAGAAAUUAUAUUCUCGGCCCCUGUGCUUUCCUAUGAAAAAAUAUCUUUAAUAAUGUUAGCAAGCACAGUAAGUGAUUAACUUUAUAAAAUACAUCUCGGCUACCUUUAAACUACCGAGAUGAUAGUUGUUUAAUAUCUCCAUUGGCACAGGCUUCAGACCCCAGGCCUCCUUAAUAUUAGCAUCUGUAUAAAUUUCUGAGUACUUUGAUGUAUAUGUUCCAUGCCAUUGGGGCAUCGGGGGUGAGUGCAGCUGAGUUCUCUAAAGCUUGCAGCACAGGAUGGCGAGCACCAGCUUGUGAUAGGGUAGAGAAGGCAGUGAUUCUAUAAAGAGCUUGCUUAAAGUAGCCAGUUCCUGGGAGUCACAAAGUAAAAUGUGCAGAAUAAAGAUUUAUGUUGAAAAAAUAUUCUUAACUACCUGGUGAUAAUAUAGAUAGUGAUACCUUUCUUUUGAUCCAAUCUGGUGUUUUGUCAUCAAGAUUUGAUCUCAGUACACAAAGCAAACAAAUCUUGUUUAGUUCUUGCAACAAGUUACAAAGUCAAGUCUGUUUAUAGUUCAUGGAGAUAUCCUGGUAGCUAUACUAAUAAUAUCAACAGGCCUAAAAACAGAGAGAAAAAAUCCAGAAACCUUUUUUCAGUAUAGGCUAAACCUGUUCCCCAGACAAUUCCAUACCAGCAGAUAACAAAGCCAAGGCCUUUUCUAGCAUCUGUAAGUUGACUAGAGUGAAAAAAAAGAACAAACACCAAAGGCACAGCCCUGACCAAAACAGGUGGCUAAUUUAACUGUGACAUCCAGAGUAGGCUAUAGAAAUCAGGUGAAAGGCAACAUUCCUACCCCUUGAUUAGACUUACAUGUUUAGUUUAGAAGAAAAAAAAAAGUGGCCUUCAUAUAAGGAAAGAUAAAUCAUGGGAUGGAAAAUGUUUUGAUGUUAUUUUCUAAGCUAGUGUAUAAUAAUAUAUGAUGUGUCCCAUUUCCCAGUUGGUUAAUAUUCAUGUUGAUAAACAGUUCUUUCGUUUUGGGUAAUCUUAUUUCUGCAUGCUAAAAGUAUUAGGCUACUAAAUGAUAAACAGCAGUAUUUGCUUCUGUAUUGAUAAACUGUAUCAUUUGUGGAAAUGUUUACUUUACUGAUAGCUGUAUCAGCUUUAUUUCCCAAGAUACUUGGCUACUGAUAAUCACUCCAAAGAAGCCAGGUACUAAAUUACUAGAUAGUUUAUGAUUACACUAUGUAGUUCAGAAAAAAUGAAUCAUAAGAGAAACAUUUCCCUUUGUUAAAAUAAAACAAUUUUCACACAGAUCAUCACUGGAACAGCACCUAAAACUGGGUGCCUUUUUUGCUAUAAUGUGAACUUUAACAAUGCAUUUUUUCCAAGAGGCAAAGUUUUUAUAUAAAGCUUUAACUCAUGUUAGACACAGACAGAAUUAGAGCUUUUCUGGCAAAAUUGUGUGAUUGCAGUUGUUUCAUAAGACCUAUAACUCAUGCCCACUGGACCAUUCUUUAAAAAAAUAAAAGCUGGUCAGUAAAAGUUUCUAAUAUUUCUUUCCUUUUUCAAAAAAAUAUAAUUAAUUCUUUGAUGAGCGCUAUGCCAUUUUCAUGAGAAAAUUCUAGAUUUGUAAAGUUUUAAUGUUUUUCAUUUACCUAAGUUCUUGCUAGUGAAUCAUAAUUUGAGUUGACAUUUAUCUAUUUUAAGGCCAUUGAUUACACUAUCCUAGUAACCAUCACUUGCUAUAAAUAUGGUUCAGCCAGCUCACUGAGCUGUUAACUGAGUCAGUUAACAAGUGAUCCUGCCUUUUGUCUCAGUUGCUGCAGAAAUUGUGUGUAGUAUUCAUGGUGCUGUUACUCACUGCAUUGCUAAAUGAUCCAGAUCCAGUUUCUAAUCUUAUCUGGGUGUUGUAUUUCAGUAAACGUGCUAACAAACUGAUCAUGUAGCAUCCCCUGCCUCACAAUCAAGAGGAUAUCUUCACAGCUAGUUUGUUAAAGAUUGUAUACGUACAUUUGCAUGCAUUAUGGUUUUUGAUAUUUUCAGGUGUUCCUGACUCUUUGAUAGAAAUGUAACAUACUGCAUAGAGAGUAUUGGGCUCAGACAGGAGACCUGAGUUCUGUUGGCUUUGCCUUUGUCCUGCUGUGUCACUUCCAUUUUCUGUCCUAUGGUUUUUAAGGUACUCGGAGGUAAUGUGAUAGUCAUAGUUCUAUAAAACGGGCAACAUACCAUUUUUCCCCCCUCUUUUUUUGGCAUCAUAGCUAAAGUUUUAUACUGCUAAGUCAGUUUCCCAAUAAAGCCCUGUCCAGCUCAGAAGUGAAAAGAAAUUCAAAGAGCAAAAGCAAGUUCUUUUGGACUGGAUUAAUGAGCAAAUUUUAUCAUUAACAAUAAAUUUCAAAGUGAAAAUGAGAAUAAAAGCUGUGUUGAAUAUACAAUAUUUACCUGUGCGGUGCUUACCAUUUGAGCAGCAGGACUGCAGUUUGCCUGCAACACCGUACUUGGCAGCAACAGGCAGUCUCAUUCCACUGCACGGUGUCUUCUUCCCCCAGCUGAAUUCUCUCAGUUGAAACUCCUUGUCUGUGCUGCUCCUGUAGGGAAGCAGGUGCCCUUGCUCAGAGCUAAAGUAAGAGAGAGACCCAUGGUAUUAUUUUAAAAGGCAUUCACUAAAUAAGAAACUCCUGUGUUACAGCUCAUGCGUUGUAUACACUUAUAUUUAUUGUGCCAGUUGUUUAUUUUCCUGAAGCAGUCAGGAACAGGGACAGAAGAAGAUGAUCUGGGAAAUCCUUAAGUGUUUAGGGGUGUUACACUUUCCCACUGGGACUAAAGAGUAAUUCUAUCAUCUACUUUAUUACGGUGGCAGAACACUUGAUGUAAAAUACUUAGAAAAAAAUAGAAUUAACUCAGAGAAUAUAUUCUAUAGAAUUUAUUUCUAAAAUACUAAAUCUGAUUACUAUUUUUUUAAAAUGGUAGAAAUCUACUGUUAUUUUCAAAACAGAGUCUAGUUCAUUAACAUGUUCCUUGGUGUAAGAAAUCUCAACAUUUGCUUUUUCAGUGUUUCCAGGGUUUUUUUAAUAUUCCUUAAUUUUGUUGUUUUCUGUAAUCGCUGUCCAUGUGCAAAUUAUUAAUUGUCCAUUUUCUCCAGGAAAUGUGAAAUCCAAAGCACGAACAUUGUAAAGUGAUGAACAAGUGUGAUUUAGUUGUAAAGAUAUCUUGAGUCAACACACUCUAGAGUUCUUCAUAAAUGCUUCACGUUCACUGUCUCUUCCCACUCUGGGAUCAGAGGUGGCUUUUAAUUUUAUUGCUAAUAAAUGUGCCAGAGUACUGGUUUCAUUUAAGGAGGAAAGUUAUAACAUCCUUUAAAACUUUCUGCUACCCUACUGGCUGACAACAAGAAUUUUUCCUUUUUAUAAGAACAUCCAAUUCACGAAACACCUGUUUUGCAGCUUUUUCCUUUCUUCUUCCUUCCUCCGUUCAUCUUUGUGUUUGGGAAAGGUCUGUUGUACAGUAAGGCUUUUGAUGAAAAUCAAGCACAGGGGUAACUCUUAGUGCCUCGUUGUCUUCUGAGGCCUGUAGAUCCAGGGGAAGAGUCUCAUUCUUCAUACAGCAUCGUCCCCAGUACAGGAUGAAAAUCCAAGGUUAGGGAAAGCAGAAAACAGUAAUUUAGGGGAACAAAAAGUUUCCUUCAAACUACUGUUAUGAUUUUUUUUUUCUUUCUUCUAAUAUAAAAGUAAUAAAUAAUAAAUUCAAAGCACCCUUUUAUAAAAUAGAAGUGAAUUAGAUGCUAAAAAGGAAAAGUUAAAAGUAUUACUCUACUGCUGUAUAGGAUUGUACUUACUACACAGAAGGUCCCACUGACUGGAGAACCAUAUUCACGAUGCUCUGUAUUGCCAGUUGAGAAGAUGAUAGUCCUUCACUCAGGGCUGAGGACAAAAAAAAAAAAAAAAAAGUCAGAAGGCAAAUUUCAUUUAUUCAUCUAUUUACUCAAUUAUUUUAAUUUGGAUCUUAGCAAUGACACUUUUGUUUUACUUCAGUAUUUUAUGAAUGAAUGUUGAAUAGAACCAAGUCAAAAGACGUUUGCCUCGUGUAUCUUCUCUAACUGUGCACUUUUCCAACAAGCCAUGAAGACUGGAUUAGCUUUUCUUGAUGGAGAGGAAAAAUGGCAGACGAUACAAAUGAACAUCACUGUUCUAACACAAGGCUCAAGAUAAUCCUUUGUCUUGAGGCACAGGUGGAUACACCCUGGAGUGAGUGAGUGGAGAACAGAAAGGGCAAUUUAGAGAUCAAGAAGGAUAAAGGUUUGAGGUAGAUUGAUGAGGACAGUUUUUUUCUUCAAAAGGGCAAAAGAAAACAUUAUAUAUAAAAAAGGAAGGAAAAAAGGAAAUUAAGCUAUCCCCAGAGCGAGGAUGGAAAAGUACAUGCAUGUUCACUACAAGCUUGGCCACGUUAGAUCAUAAUAAUAAUUCUCUUAUUUAAUAUAUUUAAAAAAAAACCAAACAUAACUCAGUGCAAACAGGAAAUGUCAUUUUUCCAUACCAGUUGUAUGCAGGCAGACAUUAAAUAAAAGACUUAUCCAAAAGCAUGGGGUAAAAACUACGAAGCAAAGCAACACCCUGGAAGCAUUGCUACCACGUCUUCUCUUUGUCUAUGUCAACUGAAAAGCCAUGUUCAGUAUCAUUUUAGUUACCUCUGGUCCCAAGCACAUGUUCUAAUAUAAAGUGUUUCUCAGCUACAGUAAUAGGUAUCCUUUUUUAUUAGCAUUUGAGUUUGGGAUUUUCAGAUGAGACUUACUACAUUACGGCAGCUAAUUCUUCCAGCGUUCUCCAUCUUACACUUUUUAAAGAUGUUCUUAAGAAUGAACUUCUGGGUUGGUGUGUGGGUGAAGGCCAGCCUUGGCACUGGGGAUCACUGUAAGGAACCACCCAUCUCUGAGUCUCUGAUAAACAGACCCAACACGAGUUUUCAGCUUCUGGAAAAGAUUGCAUCAUCGUGUGCACUGGCAGCUGGUUCUCUUAAAACAAAACUAGAAGCAAGCAUGCCCUUUUUUUAAACCAUUUCACACCGAUACCACCACUUCAGUUCUCGCAUAACGAUGCCCACGUAAACAGUGCUUAACAACUGGGCCCUUCUUUUAAUUGACUGAUUGUAGGCACUUCUAUGGAAAUACGUCUGAAGUGUAGUUUGUGAAACAUGUUUUAAAAAAAGUGUUUGAUGUAAAAUAAGCGCUAGACAUUUAACAGUGCAAAAAUAGUCAAAAUCUGUAGAUUACAAAUCCGUUCCUAAGAGCCUCAGCCUUGUAAUAUUGUCUUAGUAAAGUUGGUCUUUUAAGUUAAAUUGCAUUCUGGUGUAAUAACCUUUUGCAAAUAAAAUUAUUAAUACUUAUGUACUGGUUAAUACCUGUUAACAUAAAACAUGUCAAUGGUUAUUUUUUUUUAUUUGUUUCUAUCUACAGCUAGUAUAUAACAAUUUUGAAAAAAAAAAAAAAAAACCACAAAACCAACACUUACUACAUUUUUUUAAGUGUUUUAAUUUUUUUAACAAAUGCAAAGUAUGUAACAUUUACACUGUCUAGUCCAGCCCUGUCUUUUAGAAGGUUCAUCUGUGUGUGUGUGUGUACAUAUAUAUAUAUAUAUAUAUACACACACACACACACCAUAAGAAUAUAAAACUGCUUUUGAAAUUUAUUUUGGGAAGUAGUAAAUAAUGCACUGCUGCAUGGAUUCAAAAGCUCUUAACUUGAUGAUCUUUCAGACGUGUAAUCCAUUUGAAAUGGGACUAGUAAAUUGUGGUGUAAUUGCAGCCAUUUGUUUAAAAUUUGUACAUUACUUCUAAUUUUACUAAUUUUUCGAGAAAAAUAAUUAUGUUAAGUACUUACCGUUUUCCAUUGCAGAUGAUCUUGCAUACAAAAAUUGUGGAGAUCUCAACAGUAAAGCAACAUAUUUAAUUGGACUCCUGCUUUUAAACUGUUUGAAGAAGCAAAGGGAAAUAAAGUUCAUCUUAAAAUCUGUACGUGGAAAUAAUUUUAAGCUUCAUGAACUACACAUUUCUUUAUUUUCCUUUCCAUUUUUUUAAAACAAGUUGUAACAUCAAAGAUGCCAAAGGGUAAUAUAAGCUACAAUAAUAUUCAACAGAACUUAACCUAGACCUUAUGUUGUAAUAAUUUAUUCAAAUUAACUGUAUUCUUCUGUAUUUAUAUUUUCGGUAUUUAUUAUGAAUGAUAUGGAAUUUGAUGUAUUUAUUGUGGCUUAUUAUUGCAGUGUAUAUAUUACAAAAAUGAGCAUUUUUAAGUCUUAACAUUAGGUUUUUUGUUAAUUAGUGGCACUUGUAUUGGCUGUAUUUUUAUUAUAUAUUGUACAAUAUAUAUUGUCCAUUUGUUUGCAAUGAAGUAAAACAGGUUUCUACGUUACAUCAUG